GCUUUCUUGGGGAUAUAUACGUGGGGGGUGUGAAACUGAACUUCGUGAGCUGAUGGUGGCAGCCGUAUUGGCGUACAGCAGGACAAAAGGAUUCUUCUAUGCGUACUGUGUUCUGAGAACACUAAUUUCCAUGGUCACUGAAGGAAGUGUACAGUGCCUUGCUCUUGCCUACGUGGCGGAUAAUGUACCAGAGAGCAAACGAGUUUCGAUAUUUGGAAUCUUGUCGGGGAUUGCUUCUUGUGCCUUUGUCUGCGGGAACCUCUCUACUCGUUUCCUUUCCACUUCUGCAGUUUUCCAGGUUGCUGCAGGAGGAACGGUAAUAUCUUUGGUGUACAUGAGAAUGUUCCUUCCGGAGUCCAUGUCGAGAUCUUCUAUUGUUUCAGAACAGGCAACGGAGACUGAUUCUCUAUUGGAAAAGUCUCCCAAAAAGACUUUGAAGCUCUUCAAGACGUUGCCUUCUUUGAAGGAUACGAUCAGCAUGUUAAGGACUAGCAAAACAUUUUCACAGGCGGCUGUUAUUUCGUUCUUCAGCACUGUUGCAGAAGUUGGUGCUCAUUCUUCUCUAUUGUACUACUUGAAGGCCCAAUUUCACUUUGACAAAGAUCAAUUUGCUGAUUUGAUGAUUAUUAAUGGGAUUGCGGGGACAGUGUCACAGCUAAUUUUCAUGCCCAUAUUAGCUGCUGCUGUUGGAGAAGCUAAGCUACUUUCAGUGGGGCUCUUUUUUAGCUGUCUGAAUAUGUUGCUUUACAGCAUUGCGUGGGCAUCCUGGGUUCCAUAUGCUGCAGCUGUACUCUCUCUGGUGGCUAUUUUUGCCAUGCCGUGUUUACGGAGCAUUGCAUCCAAAGAAAUUGGGCCCUGUGAACAGGGGAAGGCUCAAGGGUGCCUUACGGGCAUAUGCUCUUUCGCCCAGGUUGUUUGUCCAUUGGCUUUCAGUCCUUUGACAGCUUUGUUUCUUUCGGAAAGUGCGCCAUUUCAUUUUCCCGGAUUCAGCAUCUUGUGUGCUGCCUUUGCUGCGGUGAGUGUUUCAAUAGCCUCGACAUUGCAGAUCUUCCAGGCAGUCGCAAAGGCUCCCAAUGAUCAUCAUCAUCAACUUCGCAGAAAUACUUUUCCACCAUUUCCUUGCAGUGAUGAUCCACUUCUCUUUGUCAUUAGCAGCUAA